CAACGCUUCUAACCAGAGCACCGGGAAAAGUUGCUAAUUUCAGCGAAAUAUUGACUGAGUGAACGUGAAUUUUUGCAAAUAAAAUCAACAACAAUGGCAAAGUUAUUUUCCGUACUCUUUGCCCUGGUUAUAAUUGGCUGUAUAUCCGCCGGACCUAUAGAGAAAAAGGAGACUGUUGCUGAUGGUGAUCUUGCCACUGCCGAUAGCAUUGGCUAUGGCUACUAUGCGGCACCACUUCCCAUUUACUACGGCGGCUAUGGCGGCUAUGGAGGUGGUGGCUAUAAGUAUGGCGGUUACUCCGGAUAUAGCGGCUAUGGCGGAUAUCGGAGCUAUGGAGGAUCAUUCUACCGACCCAGAAUUUACCCAGUUUGGGGUUAAAUAAUCCAAAAUCAUAAGCAUUGCAAUAAUUUGUUCCUAAACACCAAACACAACAUUGCUUAAGUAACCAAAGAAAUUAUACAAGCUCCUAAAAGCAAGUUAACCCUUUCACUGUCCGACAAUGACGUCAUUGGAGUUUUUGACCCCUGGCACAAUUAACACCGGCUUUAGCGCAAUA